UUGUCAAAAAUUUGACAUUGACAGCUACUUACUGUCAAAAAAUUUGGAGCAGUGGUAAACGAAAUAAUGCGAAACCAAUAUUUUCAAUUAAAAGGAAUUAAUUAAUAAUUACACAGAAAUGGUAGCGUUUUACAGAGGCUGGCGCUAUGCCGCAUUCCUAACAGGAUUCGCUGGGUUUAUAGGACUUGCGCUUUAUCCGAUAGUAAUCAGUCCAAUGAUGGAUGUUUCAGAAUACAAAAAAAUACAAAAAGAAACUAGAAAAAAUAUAAGACAAGAAGAUAUCCAACCUGGAAAUAUGAAAGUUUGGUCAGAUCCAUUUGAUCGUAAGAAACCAUCAGCAGAAUAGGAAUAGUGUUGUAAAUAGUGUAUUAUAAUUUUGUUAGAUAUUGUUUAGUUAACAAUAAAUUCUGAAAACCAUUUCCAGUUAUUAUUUUUGUAUAAUACCAAUAAUACCUAGUUAGGUAGGUAGGUAUUAGGUAUGCUCGACUGAUAGUACACCACCCAUCCAUGAAAAAAGUAUAAAUUAAGAUUAUUUAGAUGUAGAUCUAAAUUCUAAAUGGAGAUCCCAUUAAAAAUAUAAUAUUUGUAUUAUAAAUGAAAAGCCAAAUAUAAAAGAAGUUUUUAUUAUUGAAAAGUUUUGUGGGUACAAUGACCUCUAUCACCAGAAGAUGCUGUUUCAAUUACAAUUUCAUAAAAAAAUAAACCAACAUCUGAAACUUCUUAUUUACAUUUAGAAAUGUGCCUUUUUAGCCUAAUUGUCCUCUCAUUUAUAUUUCGAAUUUUUAGUUUUAAGCUGAGACAAUAUUAUGAUUCAUUACUAUUAAUCUACUGACAAA